AUGUCUGGGACGGAAGGAGAGAUUGAACAAUCGAAACGAGACAGCAGGAGCGCGGGGUCGAAGGUUGUGGUGUUGAAGGCCUGGGUGGAGAUAGGGACAGACGACACCCACGGCAUGGCGAGUCCUGAGCCUACGAGCCAUUCCUGCCGGACAGUGUCGCGAACUGGCGUGAGACUUGCGACGGCAUCCGAAACUUACCAAGCAAAUCGUCGUCUUACAGAAUACCAGGUCAUUGGCCGUCACUUGCCAACUGACGCCAACCCAGCCCCCAAGUUGUACCGCAUGAGAAUCUUUGCCACCAAUAGCGUGGUUGCAAAGUCUCGAUUCUGGUACUUCUUGAUGAAGCUCCGCAAGGUCAAGAAGGCGAACGGAGAGAUCGUCAGCUUGAACGUCAUUCACGAGAAGCGCCCCCAGAAGGUCAAGAACUUCGGUAUCUGGAUCCGAUACGACUCCCGCUCCGGCACCCACAACAUGUACAAGGAGUACCGUGAGAUGUCAAGAACCGAUGCUGUUGAGGCUCUAUACCAAGACAUGGCUGCCAGACAUAGAUCCCGCUUUAGGUCGAUCCACAUCCUCAAGGUCGUUGAGCUCGAGAAGACCGACGACGUCAAGCGCCCCUACAUCAAGCAACUCCUCACCAAGGAUCUCAAGUUCCCCCUUCCUCACCGCGUUUCCAAGUCUACUGGCAAGAAGAUCUUCUCCGGCAGCAGACCAUCCACUUUCUACUGA